AUGUACCUCAAACGCCCCAAAACCCCCAACAAUGACUCUUCUUCUUGUGGUGGUGUCAACAAGAGCUGCUCGGUGAUCAAGAGCAAUACCAGCAGCCGUCUGUUUCAACCGGGCAAGAUGAUUAUGGUGCAACGAGCUCCCAUGUUUGCCGGUCUCAGCGUCCAAUCGCAAAAGAAAUUCCAACGUCCCAUGCUGAAACGACGCGCGUACGGUCGAGCGUCCGACGAUGCUCUGCGACGAUCUUCGCUGGGUCCCAAGCGACGCAUGGAUGGCAUGGCCAAAUUGAUGGCUCGUGCUGGAAAAGGAUUGACAUUCAAAGGACCGCGGAGACUCAAAGACGAUGAUGACGAUGAUGGAGGCGAGAGUGACGAGAAUGACAAGGAAAAUGCCAAAGAACCCGAAAAACCAACCGAACCACUGCGUGUAUGGCAGAGUCCUCAUUUGCAUGAGGAUGUGGAACCCAGGGGAAUUCCAUCCACCGUAGAAACCGAACAAGGAGAAGACGAAUACGGCAUUGCCGUCACACGACGAGUCGAAAAGGAAGCACCCAAGGAACGAUACAGCAAAAAGGAUGUCUUUGUGCCGACCGUACUGGCGAAAUGGUUGCGACCGCAUCAACGGGAAGGAGUACAAUUCAUGUACGAGUGUGUCAUGGGGCUCAAAAAGGACUCCUUUGAAGGAAAUGGCUGUAUUCUGGCUGAUGAUAUGGGGUUGGGAAAAACACUCCAGAGCGUGGCACUCAUUUACACACUCCUCAAAACUGGUCUCACGGCAAAUGGGGCUCCCACUGCCAGGCGUGUCAUUGUCGUGUGUCCCUGUUCCCUCGUCAAAAAUUGGGAGAAUGAAUUCAUCAAAUGGUUGGGGCCAGGUGUCGUCAAAACAUUAGCCAUUGCCGAAGCCGAUAGAGCCAGUGUCGAAAAGAACUUGGAUGCAUUUGUACGGACCAAACUAUUCAAUGUACUCGUGGCCAGCUACGAAUGCAUUCGGGCCCAUGUCGGACGACUCAUCAAACAUCCCGAUUGCUGCGAUCUACUCGUUUGCGAUGAAGCCCAUCGACUCAAGAACCGUGAGAAUCAAACCUCGCGGGCACUCAAUUCGCUUCCUGUGAAACGACGUGUCCUCUUGACGGGAACGCCCAUGCAAAAUGAUCUAGAAGAAUUCUUUGCCAUGGUCGACUUUACCAAUCAAGGUGUGCUGGGAACGCCCGAAUCCUUUCGAAAACACUUGUUAGGACCCAUUCUGCGAGGACGAGAACCCGAUGCCACGGAUAAACAAAAGCAGAAAAUGAUCGAUACGCAGGCAUACAUGAGUGGAGUUGUCAACCACUUUAUUCUACGACGUGUCAAUACGCUCAAUGCACAGCAUUUGCCUCCCAAGUUGGUACAGGUCGUCUGCUGCAACUUGACAGACAUUCAACGGAACAUGUACGAACACUUGAUCAAUAGCAAGGCCAUGCAUCAUGUCCUCAAGGGAAAACAAGUCAAUUGUCUCGGGAGUAUCCAAAUGCUCAUGAAACUAUGCAACCAUCCCAGUCUGAUUGCCGAAGAAAACGACUCAGGCGGCGGUGCCAAAGCGGGCGGACGCCGUGCAGCUUCCAAGAAGCGGGUCAACUACAAUGACGCUGCCGGCGACAAGGAAGAAAAGGCCGCACCCGGAGCCGCCGGUAUCUCUAAAUUCCUCCCCUUUGUCGAACGCGGCGGUAGUCGUAGCAUGAACGCCCCCAUUCAUCCCGAAUGGAGUGGCAAAAUGUUUGUCCUGUACCGGCUCAUGAGGGAAAUGCGCAAACCGGGCAACGGUAAUGACAAGAUUGUCAUUGUAUCCAAUUACACUCAAACGCUCGAUCUCAUUGGACGCAUGUGCCGAGAAAGCUCGUGGGGAUUCUGUCGAUUGGAUGGAAGUAUCAGCAUGAAGAAGCGACAAAAAAUGGUCGAUGAAUUCAACGAUCCGAGCUCUUCGUUGAUUGCCUUUUUACUUUCGAGCAAAGCUGGUGGAUGCGGCCUGAAUCUGAUUGGUGGCAAUCGACUUGUUUUGUUCGACCCCGACUGGAACCCGGCGGUGGAUAAACAGGCAGCAGCACGUUGCUGGCGUGACGGUCAAAAGAAGCGAUGCUUCACAUAUCGCUUCCUCGCUACGGGUACUGUCGAAGAAAAGAUUUUCCAACGGCAACUCUCAAAAGAGGGACUGCAGUCUGUAGUGGAUGACAAGGAGCAAGUGAAUACUCUCAGCACCAAGGACUUGCGAAACUUAUUCAAGCUACGCGCAGGGACUCCGUCUGAUACACACGACAAACUGCGUUGCGAGAGAUGCGAAAUCAUUCACGACAAUGCCGAAGCGGAAGCACUCAAAAAGCUCCCAAAACAGUUGGUCCGAUGCCGCCAGUUGCUGGAUGAGAUGGUCAAGGAGGAAGAUGCCAGCUUCUUUCUGAAGCCAAUGGUGUCCCAAAAUCACGGGGUUUCGACGGAGGAAUGGGAGAAGAUUGUCAAGCAACCCAUGGACUUUGGGACGAUUCGAACUAGACUGGCCCAAACCUUGGCGACGCAGCCUCCCAAGGACGCAGGUGCAGCCGCUGCGAAACCAAAACAAUCUGCUGCAGCUUCCACUUACAAAAAUGUAUCCGAUUUUUCCAAAGAUGUCAAUCGGAUUUUCUCCAACUGUCUUAAGGUCUGGGAGCCAGAAAAGCACGAAAUUGCUGAUGCUGCUCGUCGCCUGCAGGCUCGUUGGACGGAACAGUGGACAUUGCUCGUGCCCGAGCUCAUGACCAUGAAAGCCGACGACGACGAAGUCAAGGCCAAGAGUGGCGCUGAGGACGAUGACGAUGACAUUCUUGGUUGUGAAGCUCCCACCAACAAUGAGCGAGGUGAAGAUUUUCAAGAACAGCUGGGGAUGCCAGAUGAAGAGAACAUGAGAAGCUGGUCGCAUCACUACUCGGCCGACACAGUGGAUGACCCAGUUUUCCGUGCGGCCAUGCGAGGCUACGAUUCUGUUUCCUUUGUGUUUGGAUUGGAAGUUACCUGGAGCUUGAUCCAGCAGCGCAAACAAGAAGAGGAAGAAGCCGAAGCAAUGGCAGAACUAGAGGCGGUGAGAGAGUUGGAGGAAGCAGAGAAAGCCGCCGACCAAGAGGGAAGCGGCGACGAGGACGAUGCAAAGCCAUCAGCCAAUACCGGUACCACCGAGAGCGACGGCGAAGAAAGCAACGAUGAGGGCAACAAGGAGGGCACAGGUGAUGGCCAAGCAAGCGCGGGCGGCGACGAGGGCGACAAAGACAUGGACGAUGAGGAAAGCGCAGAUGACGACAAUGAGAGCCUUCCUAUCGGAGAUGAGUCUGCAGAAAACAGUGACGAGGCAGGUGUUGCUUCUGAAGAAGACCAAGACGAAGAGAUGGAACCCACAGAGACGGACACCGCAGAGGAGUCUGCCAAUACUGCUGAGAAGGGUCCAGGAAGUCCACCGGACAACGUUUCAGGCCCAGAAGUGUCUUCAUCUCCGCCCCCAGAGCAACAAAAGAACACGAGGGCAGCAUCCCCUCCAAGCGUACAAGAGAACGAACCUCCCAUAAAGGGUGGGUGGCAGUGCGAAAUGUGCACCAUGAAGAACGAGAAAGGUGACUUCAACUGCAGCAUGUGCGAUGCCGCCAAGCCGGAAACACCAAAGAAGAACAAGAGACGACGACGAUCGUGA